CUAACAUGAAGGAUCUUGCUACAGUAAUGAUCUUGCAGCGACGGCUCAACAGCAUCCAACGAGAUCUGGGACCUUUAGAAGACAAGGUCACAAAGUUGGAAAAUGACUCUGAAGUUCUUUGCUCUGAGUACCAAGGGGAACCAGAAGAACCAAUCAUCAGGGAUAAAAUCAAUGUCGUCAGCAGUGCGUGGGUUGAUCUUAAGGACAACGUGAAGCAGCGAGAUGAUGCUUUGGCAGAAUCAGGAGAAUUGCAACGCUUUGUUAUCGAUCUUGACAAUUUCCAAAUAUGGUUGAACAACACUCAGAAUGAAGUUGCUUCUGAGGAAAUGCCUGUAUCGUUGAUUGAUGCAGAGAAGAUGUUGAAAGAACUUGAGGACCUUAAGGACGAGAUUGACAGCCGAGAACCUGACUUCAAGCAGUUGAUGUUGAGUGGUCCAAAGUGGAUCCAGGACGAGUCAGACCUCCAACAGCAAUCGCUGAAAGAACAACUUGACAACUUGGAGACUGGAUGGAGUGAUGUACAUAUCCUGUGGGAUAACAGGAAGAAAAUGCUCAUUCAGGCCUUGAACCAUCAGCUUUUUAUCCGAGACUCCAAACAGUGUGAAGCCAUUCUCGGCCAGCAAGAGUUGUUCCUGUCCAAGGAGGAAAGCGGAGCUACUGUAGAGGCCGUAAAAGAGCUGAUUAAGAAGCACGAAGAAUUUGAUAAACGAAUGCAAACCAAUGAUGACAAGAUCAACCAAAUGAUCCAGUUUGCUGAUCGUCUCAAUGAUGAAAAUCACUAUGCAUCUGACAAGAUCACAGAAAAAGCACGCAGCAUCGAUGAAAGGAGGAACGCAAAUCACGAAAAGAUGGCGGCAGCAUUGAAGAGGUUGAGAGAUGCUUUGGAGCUUCAACAAUUCAUCCAAGACGCCGAAGAUAUGUACGACUGGCUGAACGAGCGACUGUUGAUCGCUUCGGAAGAGACCUACAGAGACCUGAGUAACAUCCAGGGUAAAGUCAUGAAACACAGGACCUUUGAAGCUGAAAUCCAGGCCAACAAGGAACGCCUUGACAAUAUCUGUGAGUCUGGAAACAACAUCGCGGAAGAGAAACCACAGAACAGACCAGAAAUUGAAGAGCGCUUGGAAAAACUAAACGUCAAAUGGCAAGAACUGUCAGAUGCGUCCAAACAGAAGGGAACCAAGUUAGGUGAUGCACAGAAACAGGAAGAAUUCAACACUGGAGUUCAAAACAUCCAACAGUGGUUCACAGAGAUCGAACAAACUGUUGUCACCCACGAGAAGGCGACUGACCUGACCACAGCCACAAGGCUCUACCAAAAACACAAGAUGAUGGAAAAAGAAAUCUUGGCCAGGCGACAGCGUAUGCAAGAACUAAACUGCCAAGCUCAAGAUCUUGUUGAUGCUGGACACUUUGAUCCUAAUGCAGUGGAGGAAACUCGCAUUGUUAUGGAAGAGAGGGUCGACGCUAUGGCUGCUCCGUUGUCCGAAAAGGGUGUAGAACUAGAGCGUACCCUUGGCUACUUCCAGUUCAACAGAGAUGUGGAUGAUGAAGAGGCGUGGAUCAAGGAAAAGGAGCCUCUACUUCAGUCUACCAACUACGGCAAUAACCUGUUUGAAGUGCAGACAUUGCAGAAGAAACUACAGACCUUGUGUGCCGAGAUUGCCAUUCACGAAGCUCACAAAGACGCCAUUUGCAAACGAGGACAAGAACUCGUGGACAGCGAACACCCAGAGGCUGAGCAAGUGGCUGCUAGGACCCAGGACCUGCAAGAGAAAUACGACAAUCUAAAGAAAUUGUCGGAUGCGUACAAAGGUCAGCUGGACCUGUCACUACAGGCUAAACAGUAUUACUACGAUGCAGCAGAAGCUGAAUCGUGGAUGAGUGAACAAGAAUUGAACAUGAUGGGUGACGAGCGUGGAAAAGACGAAGCAAGCGCCAAUGCCAUGCUCAAGAAACAUGAGACUUUGGAGGCAGCCAUUGCUGAUUAUUCCGAGACAGUCAAUGAAUUAGGUGACACAGCUAAUGCUCUUGUGGAGAGCGAGCAUCCCGAGAGUGAGGCAGUCAAGAAACGUCAAGGUCAGAUCGAAAAAUUGUACGAAGGAUUGAAGGACCUAGCAGAGGAACGCCGAGGGAAACUGGACGAGACUCUUAAACUUUAUCAGCUGCAGGGAGAAAUUGAUGAUCUGGAACACUGGAUCGCUCAGAAGGAAGUGGUAGCUGGAUCGCAGGACAUUGGACAAGACCUUGCCCAAGUAGAGUUGCUAAUCGAGAAAUUCCGCGAGUUCGCGCGUGAUACUACGAACACUGGCACUGAGCGCGUGGCUGCCACGAAUGCUGUCUGUGAUCAGCUGAUUGGAACAGGUCACACUGACGCUGCUACGAUAGCGGAAUGGAAAGAUCAGAUCAACGAGUCAUGGGCCGAUCUUUUAGAACUCAUUGAAACGAGGACAAAGAUGUUAGAAGCUGCCCGUGAACUGCACAAAUUCUUCUACGAGGCCAAAGAAGUAUUAGCCAUGAUCCAAGAGAAAGAAAACCUUCUCACAGACGACCUUGGUCGGGAUUUGAACAGCUUACAUCAACUGCAAGUUGUGCACCAAGGAUUCGAAGCAGAUUUGGCGCCACUCGGCAAUCAGGUCGUCGCGGUCCAGGAGGAAGCCAGUCGUCUCCAGGGCUCUUAUGCCGGCGACAAAGCUAGAGAAAUCCAAGACAAAGAGGACGAAGUGUUAGACGCAUGGAAGCGUCUCAACUGGCGUGUAAAACAACGUACCGAGCGCCUUCAUGACGCUGAUGACUUGUACCGAUUCUUACUGGCUGUUCAAGACCAGAUGCUGUGGAUGAACGACAUGCUGAAGCAAAUUUUAACCUAUGAGAAAGCGAAGGAUGUUCCUGGAGUCGAGGUCUUGAUGGAACAACAUCAAACCAGGAAAGUUGAAAUUGAUGCACGCGAAGACAGUUUCCAGAAUGUUGUGAAGAUGGGAAAAGACUUAAUCGCCCGAAACCACUACGCUACUCCUGAGAUUAAUGAGAAGCUGGACAUGUUGAACCGACACAAAGAUGAAUUGUCACUCGAGUGGGACAAGAGAUGGGAACAUCUUCAACUAGUCCACGAAGUCAUGCAGUUUGCACGUGAUGCUCACAUGGCGGAAGGAUGGAUGAUCGCUCAGGAACCAUACCUGAAAAACGAGAACCUUGGGAGCGAUCUCAACGAAGUCGAACAGCUGCUGGAGAAACACAGCAACUUCGAGAAACUCGUCAAUACUCAAGAAGAAAGAUUCCAGGCUCUUGAGCGCCUAACGACGUACGAGCUCCGUGAAGGAAAGCGUCGCAAAAUGGAACAAGAACGUCGUGAACGAGAAGAACGAGAAAGAAAAGAGAGAGAAGAAAAAGAACGGCAGGAACAACUGGAGAGAAUCCGCAGACAGGAGGAAGAGGAGCUCCGACGACGAGAAGAGGAAGAAGCACGCAGAAGAAGCGAACAAAGGGAAGCUGAACAGAGAGCAAGGGAGGAGGCUGUCGUUGUCGCAGAAGCUGAAGGGGUCGAAGGCGCACCAGAUGAAAAAGAAACAGACGAGAGUGUUACAGACGGUAAAAUGGAAGGCUAUCUGUAUCGUAAGCCAACAAUGGAUGCUCCCAACAGAAAGGCACCAAUCAGGCAAUGGAAGCAAUUCUAUGUUGUUUUGCAAGACAUGUCUCUUCAUUUCUACAAAGAUCAGAAAACGGCACGCGUGGAUCACGAGGCAGCCCAUUCUCUGACUACAGAGGAAGGUUUUGUGGAAAAAGCCGUUGAUUACACCAAGAGAAAGAACGUGUUCAGAUUCAGAUCCAGUGCUGGUCAAGAAUUCCUUUUCCAAGCUAAAGAUGAGGAGGACAUGAAACUGUGGAUUAAACACAUUCAGGAGAAUAUCAGCGGAGAGGCUGCCGGGAAAGAUGCAUCACCUGGCAAGAAAACUGACAAGGGCAAAGGUGGAAGCGGCAUUUUUGGCAAACGAAGAAGUAAAAACUUAGAUAAGGAGAAAGAGGAGAAGAAAUAAAAGAAGAUGAAACGAAAAGUUAUGAAUAUCUGUGAAACAGUUAAUCGCUUUGUUUAGGAAUUUCAUUUUGUAAUGGAGCGUUUUCAGACCAAUUAUUCUUUGGCUUUCUUGAAGGAAUGUUGUUUAAACUGGAUAGAACUGUUUGUAAGUUUAUUGUGUGUCAGUGUUUUCUUGCUAAGCAAAAACGAAUUCUAGUGUGAACUGAGACGGUUUUAGUUUUCAAAAGGAUUUUGUGCCUCUUCGUCAGAACAAAAACCGAAAGAAGCUUUUUACGCGAACUUCGCUAGAUAGCGUCAGAGGUAAAGAUGGACGUUUAGACCUUUGUCUUACAAGGAAGGUGAUUAAAAUCAGACGAGCGACACAGAAGAAUUGUGAAUCACGAGAAUGGAAAGGUUAUGUUGUUGUAAGUUUAAUAGUCAGCAUUCAUUAGUUCAACAUACAUAUUUUUAGGUGUGCUUUAUUUUGAACAAAUACCUUUGGAAGGGAGAGGAAAAACUUUUAAGUGGUAUAUAGAUAUUUUGUUUUGUUUUUUUUGUCUUUUUUUUUUUCUCUUAAUUGUAAUUAACUUACAUUUUGUUAAGUCAUCAAAUACGAGUUUAAGGAAUGGGUUUAGUUGAAAAACUUCAAACUUUGAUGCCUAAUUUCUCUGUUACAUUUUCUUGUUGAGAUACGUUCUGCUAAAACGGUGAAUGUAGAUGAAAACGUUACACUGGUUCAAGGAAGGAAUUAUCAGCGAAAAUAUAAUCUUGAUAACAUUGCAGGUGAUCAGGUAAUAAGCGUGAACAUCCUACUUUUUUUUCUCUUGAUUCACCUUGAAUUGUGUAGUACAAUAUUGCGAACAGCGCUAAGCUGGUCAAUAAAGUUAAACAAUGCUAAAUAA